AUAAGAGAACUAGAUGGUCGUGUACUUCGAACCCCAGUAAAUGGAGAUCUUUUAAAAACAGAUGUGCUCUUAAUUUAUUAUUACAAAAUUUUAUUAUAUUACAAAAUAAAUAUCUUAAAUUCUCAACAAAAUAAUACCAUCAUUAAAUAUAAAUGUAAUGAACUAGAAUUAGAACCUAAAUAUCAAACUUUACAUGCUUUAGAUGCUUAUUUAUUAUCCAAAGAAGAAGAAGAUAAAUUAAUUUCUGGACGAAAUAAAGUCCCAGUUAAAAUUGAUACUAGUGUAAGUUAUAAAAUAAAUGCCAAAAAUCCAGAAUCUUUAAAAUUAAUGUGA